ACAGAGGCCUAGCGCAUGCGCACAAUCCUUAAAACGUUCCUUUCGUGGCCCGCCCAACCGAGCCCAAGGGAGCAUACGAGGCGGCGGAGUAAGGGACUAGAGUGUCCAUUUCCUCCGCUCGCCACGCGCUCCCGGCCACGUUUCCUUUGGGUUGCGCAGAGUACUCGUAGUUCCGGUCCGGCGCCGCAAAACUGCUCCUUUUCUGCAAGCUCUGUGGGAACGCCAAGAAACAAGAUGAUCACGGACGUGCAGCUGGCCAUCUUCGCCAACAUGCUGGGCGUGUCGCUCUUCCUGCUCGUGGUUCUCUAUCACUACGUGGCGGUCAAUAACCCUAAGAAGCAGGAGUGAGGCGGCGCGGCCCCCCGCAGAUGGCUCUGCGCUCUGGAGGAAGCGUUUUCGGGCUCAUCUCUCCUGCCUGCUCAGAGCCGAGGAUGCCACAAGCCUGAGCCACGCAAAGGCCCCGAGGGACGCGGAGAAGCCUGCCACCAGGACCAAAAGCCUCGAAGAGGAUGGGAAGCAGCUGCUCCAAGGCUGAGGGGUUUGGGCCCCUAUUAAACAUCCCCCUCCUCUUUUGAA